AAUGCUCUAACCACUAGGCUACCCAUCCAGUCAUUGUGCUAAUGCUAGUUAGCGUUGGCUUACGAAACUACCUCUAACUUCCUUCGUAAUGGGCACAGAGACAUAAAACGUGUAUCCACAAGUUCCUCUGACUCUGGGGAAGAAGAUAAAGGGCCUCAUUGCUAAAAUCCUGAAGUCUCCCUUUAAUAUCAGCCACAGCACAGUGGUCUUUGGCAGUAGGAUGUAGAGAAAAUAUUAGAUUUCAGUCGCUGCGCAGGCAAGAAUGUUGAUAUGCCGUGAUUGUUGUGUACACAUUAAAAAAAUUGGUGUUCUGGUCGCAGCUUGGAAUAAGCACUGCUGUACAAAUAUUGACGUAGACUAAAUUAUAACUGUUUGACAAAAAUGUCUACUAGUAUAUUUGAUCUCUGGGUUAUGUGGUUGGCAUGUUAUGACAUGUUGCACUUUGAGUGUUGGACUACUGAGCUGUUAUUUCCAUUUUCUCCCCCACAUCACUCCGGAUCAACCUGGAUGGUAUCUGGAUGGUAUCUGGAUGGAAUCUGGAUGUGCUGUAUAUGACCUGUCACGGGUGAAUCACCAUGACGACAGAACCAAAUUCAGAGUCUAGCGCGGACCAGCAGGAGGCCAGUGCGGCUCCACAACUGGAGGCGGACUCUUUUCCCCCGGCUGCCGCCCACAGCACGCCUGUCAGGAAAGAGCAGAACGGCGAGAGAGCGGAGGCAGGUGUGGUCCCACAGGGGAAUCAGCUGGAGCCAUCGCAGGCGGAGGAGGACAGGACCUCGUACAGGUCGUCCACCAGUAAGCUGUCCAGGUCUCCCGGUGGAGGACGGAGUGUCCGUAGCUCCAGGAACAUGCAGUGCAAGGUCACCCUGCUCGAUGGCUCCUUCUACACCUGCAUGGUGGAGAAACGGGAGAGAGGCCAUGUGUUAUUUGACAAAGUGUGUGAGCAGCUCAACCUCCUGGAAAAGGACUACUUUGGCAUCACAUUCCGGGACAUCGAAAACCAAAAGAACUGGUUAGACCAAUCCAAGGAGAUGAAGAAACAGAUCAGAGGAGCCGCCUGGAAUUUUUCAUUCAAUGUGAAGUUCUACCCUCCAGAUCCUGCCCAGCUGUCUGAGGAUAUUACAAGAUAUUACCUGUGCCUCCAGUUGAGGGAUGACGUGGUGUCAGGGCGUCUGCCAUGCUCUUUCGCCACCCACACGGUGCUGGGAUCCUACACGGUUCAAUCAGAGUUGGGGGACUACGAUCUCGAGGAGUCUGGGACGGACUACGUCAGCGAGUUCCGCUUCGCCCCCAACCAGACCAAGGAUCUGGAGGAGAAGGUCAUGGACCUGCACAAGAACUACAAAGGAAUGACGCCAGCUGACGCUGAGAUGCACUUCCUGGAAAACGUGAAGAAGCUGUCCAUGUACGGAGUUGACCUGCACCAUGCCAAGUUGGUAGGAAGCCUGUUUGAGUGCUUGUCUCCAGCUAAGGGCGAGGAUUCCGAGGGUGUUGAGAUCAUGUUGGGCGUGUGCUCUAGCGGUCUUCUGAUCUACCGUGACCGCCUGCGCAUCAACAGGUUCGCCUGGCCCAAGGUCCUCAAGAUCUCCUAUAAAAGGAAUAAUUUCUACAUCAAAAUACGCCCCGGAGAGUUUGAGCAGUUUGAAAGCACCAUCGGGUUCAAGCUCCCCAACCAUAGGGCGGCCAAGAGACUAUGGAAGGUCUGCGUGGAGCACCACACCUUUUUCAGGUUGGUGUCUCCAGAAACUCCCCCCAAGAAGUUCCUAAACCUGGGCUCUAAGUUCCGAUACAGCGGGAGAACCCAGGCCCAGACGCGACGAGCCAGCUCCCAGAUCGUCCGUCCGGCGCCCCGCUUCGAGCGCUCCACCAGCAAGCGCUACAUUAUGUCGCGCAGCCUGGACGGAGCUCCGCAGAGUACACCCAAAAGGAUUUCACCCAAAAGGAGUUCACCCAAAAGGAGUUCACCCAAUAGGAGUACACCCAAAAGGAGUACACCCAGUAGGAGUACACCCAGUAGGAGUUCACCCAAUAGGAGUUCACCCAAUAGGAGUUCACCCAAUAGGAGUUCACCCAAAAGGAAUACCCCCCAGUCUGUAUCCCCGAGAAUUGAACCACCUGCUAGUUUUAACGGCGCUAAACCAACAGAGAUGGGCUCGGACCUAUACGGAAGGGCGAAGGGCAUCGCCAUGAGCGACCUCAUCACCACCGUGACACCGGAGAAAAAGGUGGAGGAGAGGAAGGCGGAGGAAGAGGUGGAAGUAGAGGUGGAAGUAGAGGUGGAAGUAGAGGUGGAAGUAGAGGUGAAGGUGGAGGUGGAGGAGGAUGAGACCACGAAAGCCACUGAGAUCUCUCUGCCAAGUCCAACCUCUCCCAUUCGACACGACACCAAGACUGAACUGACUGACACUGGUGUUGAUGGUGAACUGACAGCCACGGAGUCGGACCAGGAGGAUGAGUCCGAGUUAAAGACACAGGACACAGUGGGCACGCCGGAGGAGCUGUUGAAACACACGACCAACAUCAGUGAGCUCAAGAGGUCGUUCCUGGAGACGGGCGCCGACUCGGCUGGCCUUACCGAAUGGGAGAAGAGGCUGUCCUCGUCCCCCCUGCGCUCGCCGCGUCUCGACGAGGCCCCCAUGAUCGAACCCCUGGAACUCGACGAGGUACCGAGCCAACAGGAUGAGGGAGAGGGUGAGAGGGAGAGAGCCAUGGCUGCAGGCGGUAGCGUUGAGGAGGACAUCAAGCACAGCCCUGUGGAUACUAAGACUACUGUGGACUCUGACGGGUGGGUAAUAGUAAGCAAAGUCCCUCCUAAGGUAGCCGAAAAGAGAAACAUUGUCAACUAUAAAGUUAUGGCCGUCGAUAACACUGUGGCUGAAGGAGCGCUCGGCGGCGCCAGUGGUGUCGUUGUCAUCAAGGAGUUUGGCAAACGAUACGAGAGCUUCAGCAGUGAACUAGCAUCCAAGACCGAGGAGAUGGAGGAGAAGACCUACACCCUGGGCAAGUCCUACGACACCAUGUCAGGCAAGAUCGUCACCAUGACGACGCAUGCCAAAGAUGGUGGGGAAGCGGCCAUAGCCGCUCCGGCGGUGUUCGCCAGGGAGCUGAAGAGGGCGGCGGACCAAUCCACCACCACUGUGAAGAUCAUCCCGGUGUCGACUGAGUACGAGAUGCCAGUGUCGGUCCACUUGAGUCUCCCGCCCAUAGAGGGAAUCGGACCCCCAAUGAUCACCAUCCAGGAGGCCAGGACCCCCUCUCCAUCUGAGGGAAUGGGACCCUCCAUGAUCACCAUCCAGGAGGCCAGGACCCCCUCUCCAUCUGAGGGAAUGGGACCCUCCCUGAUCACCAUCCAGGAGGCCAGGACCCCCUCUCCAUCUGAGCCCAGCGACGGUGGCCUGGGCGCCAUGCGGACCGUAGUGUCCAUCCGCUCCAGCCAGGACAUCAGUGAUGCUGCGAGAGCAGACAGCAGGAAGCAGCUAAGGGAGACUUUUCUCCUGGGAGACAGGAGCACCACCCCUGUUGCGCCUCACACACCCCUCUCGCCACGGUCCCCAAUGGCCAAGUCCCCAAUGGCCAAGUCCCCAAUGGCCAAGUCCCCCAUGAAGAUGCCCAAGCCUCAAAUGGUCGAUCUGCGUCUGAGCCCCAGCCCUGUGUCCUAUCUAUCCAGAACCCCAUCGCCCUCCAAAGUGCCAAAGCCGACCUUUGAGGAGAUGUCCCCGGAGCUCACCGCUCUCUUACAGUCGGCCAGAGAUCAGACCAGCACGCGGGUCUGGACUGCUUCGCCUGCCUUUAGUCAGACCGUGUUUAAGACAACAGAGAAGGGGGAGCGGAUCGUGCUGCAGACAGAGGUGGUAUCAUCCCAACAAGAAAAAGACCAGGAUCAGCCUGAGCUGAAGUCGGCACAGCCAGAACAGCCUGACAACCAGCCUGACAACAUGGAGAACCAGGCAGAGCAUCAGACUGAGCAGUUGUCUGUGCUCGAGGCUCCAGAGGUCCUGACCUUCAACAGGGCAGACAUGGUGUAUGUGACCCAGGAGGUCCCUGUAAUACACACGGAAAUGAAAACUGUCACAUACCAGUCACUAGAGGCUGACGCUGAUCCCGAGGCAGGGGUGUUGAUGAGCGCCCAGACCAUCACCUCAGACACCACCAGCACCACCACAACCACACAUAUCACCAAGACUGUGAAAGGAGGCAUCUCGGAAACCAGGAUCGAGAAGAGAAUCGUAAUCUCGGGUGAUGCAGACAUUGACCAUGACGAGGCCUUGGCUCAGGCCAUAAAGGAGGCCAAAAAGCAGCACCCUGACAUGUCAGUGACCAAAGUAGUGGUCCACAAAGAGACUGAAAUCACGCCCGAGGAGGGCGAAGAGUGACCGCAGGAGUGACGGGUCACCGGGUUCACCAACGUUUCGGGAGCAUUCUGUUAAUGUUACUUCACGCUGUUCAGAGUACGGGACGCAAGCAGGAUAGUGGCGUUGCCAACAGACAGAACCACUGUAGCAGACACUAAUACUGCAUCCGAACACUACUGAAUUAACCUCAUCCACUCAAACUCCCUCACUCACUCACCAUCACUACUGGCAAACACAGACCUCCAAAGCUACCUUCAUAGGAACAUGUAUAUUGCAUGAAAAGGGAACAAUUCUGCAUUUUUGUAAAAGAAAAAAAAAAACGAUAUAUCAAAAGUUCUACAUGUUUUACUUGACCUGUAAACUCAGACUCAAAGGUUUAAGAAUGUAUGUGAUGAGAGUUAAGAUAGUAUAGAUCAUUAUGUUGUAUUUAUUAUCAACCUGCUCACUUGGAAACAUGGUAUAAUAGUAGGCUAGGAUGGCACAAUAUUUAUCCACGCAAUAGAUGUGGCAUUCAUCUUGUCAUAAGUCCCCUUAUUUAUCCCAAAUGCUGAUUUUAUCCAAUUUUACAUAGAGUAUUCCCUUUAAAAAGACAACAAUAAUAUGUAUGGUACUGGUACAUGCAUUUGCUUAGUAGGUCAUUCAUCCUCAAAGAUCAUUUUGUUGUUUUUACUUUCAUUGUAAAUAUGCUUAUUUGGUUUUCCUUUAAUUACAAGGUGAGGAUGAGGAUGAUGAGGCAAAAUACUGUAUAAGUGUUAGUUAGCAGGAAAAGUUAAACAGACUCCAUUACUGUGACCUCUGAGGUGAUUAAGAAACCCCUUAUAAUACAGUAUGUGUCUUCACACUGUGGAUUGAACUUUCUUGUUGGCUUGUAUCUGAUAUUAUACCCUAUUCCAUAUGGGCUCUGGUCAAAAGUAGGGUACUAUAUAGCGUAUAGGAUGCAAUUUUAGAUACAUAAUUGUUUAGACACAUUCUUAAAGGAAAAUUCCACCCAAAAACAAUAUUUUGGUAUUUGUUUCGUUAGUCCAUUGUUGACACAGUCCCAACAUGUUUUGCUUGUCAGCAAUCAAGUUUUCAAGAUAUGUAACUUUCAAAAUACUGAAAUCAUCCCUGUAUGAUACAUUUUGCAUCCUAUGAUGCUGCGUUUUGCGUCAUAUGAUGCAAAAUGCAUCAUACAGGGAUGAUUUCUGUAUUUUGAAAGUUACAUAUCUUGAAAACCUGAUUACUGACAAGCAAAACAUUUUGGGACUAUGGAAAUAAAAUAAUAAUAUUUUAAAAUAAUAAUAUUUUAAUAAUGGACUAAUAAAUAAAAUUUCUAAAAUAAAAUACUAAAAUAUAUAUAUGUAUAUAUAUUUUUUUGGGGGGGUGCAAUUUUCCUUUAAGUCCUACCCAGAAUCCUCCUCAUCCCUGUGUGUCACAUCCAAGCCUUAAAACUGUGCAGAAUGGACAGACAACAACCUCAAGUACAAGCCUGCAGUGUGUGUUUGUGUGCUUGGUUUCUCCCACACAGAGGCAUCAUGCCCAUCGAACCUGAGCUGGCACCAUCGGGUGGCACAUGCCCCCCUCAAUAUCAUCCACUGGGAUGAGAAUACAUAAUUAGCAGUGUCUUACAGAAUGAAUAUUAAGACAUUAUAUAUUCGGUCAUCAGUGACCCCUCAGAGAUAUUGGGAUCAUGAUGCCUCUGAUCCCAGCCCUUCAAAUCAUCAGCUGUAAAAACCAUCCUUGUUGAAUGUGUUUCCCACAAGAUAAAUAAAUGGAUAAAUACA